AUGGCCGUGCCGCGGGAGCCGCCCGCCGCCCCGGCGCUGCCGCCGCCCGCCCCCGCCACCGCCGCCGGCGCGCCCUCGUUCGGCGCGGCCCGCGCGCUGGUGGCGCGGCGCCACUCGUGCCUGGUGGCGGCGGCGCACCGGCGGCACGUGGCGCUGCCCCCGCGCUUCCUGGGCCGCAAGCGCUCCGGCAUCCGCGCGCAGCUGGACGCGGAGCUCCUGCGCUACUCCGAGAGCCUGCAGGGCGUGCCCGUGGCGUACGACAACAUCAAAGUGGUGGGGGAGCUCGGCGACAUCUACGAUGAUCAGGGGUUCAUCCACCUGGACGUGGAGGCGGACUUCAUCAUCUUCAGCCCCAAGAAAGGGAAGAAGCUGGUGGGUGUAAUUAAUAAAGUGGCCCCUAGUCACAUUGGCUGCCUGAUACAUGGGUGCUUCAAUGCAUCUAUCCCCAAGCCUGAACAAAUGUCCCCUGUACAGUGGCAAGAGCUGGGGUUAAAAAUAGGGGAUGAACUGAAAUUUCAAGUGUUGCACUUGGAUUCUGAUACAGCUGGGGUGUUCUUCAUUCGAGGAGGACUCACUAAAAGCAGCAUGCGGCCCAAAAAAUCUGCUGCAGUCCCUGAAAAUACAAAUGGGGAUGAAAUUCAAAAUCUUGAACACCAGGAAAAUGGCCUGAAUAACUGUGGAGAAGAUAAUGUCACUGAAGAGCCUUUAAAUGAGAUGGGUAACCUUGAGAGGGAAAAUGGAGAGCCAGGUGCUGAUGCUGUGAAUGGAUUAUGUGAUGACAAAAAGAAGAAGAAGAAAAAGAAAAAAGAUAAGGACAAGGACAAACAAGGAGAACAGGAACUUGUAUUGCCUACCAGUGACUCCAGUGGUUACCAAAGUGACCAUAAAAAGUCAAAGAAAAAGAAAAGAAAGCAUUGUGAUGAAGUUGAAGAAAGUGAAUUAUCUCAGCUGUCAGAAGAACCCAAAGCAAAAAAGAAAAGGACUAAGGUCUGAAGUGUCUUCCCUGCAUUACAUUUCAGAUGUUUUUGAUAAGUUUCAAUAAAACCCUGUUUUGAAAAU